AUGCGAUUGCUCGAUAUAUUUGCCGCUGGUAUGGCCAGCCUAUUAGUGGUCUCUGCUUUUACGACGCAAACCUCCUCGCCCUCGCCCUCCGAGCUUGUACGCAGACACCACGAGCAUGGUACCUUUACGAAUAUUUACAUAAUGAGGCAAGGGCUGGAUUACUCGAAUGGCUCCCUUCCAGUUCACAACCCAGACGGUUCUGUCGCUUUCCUCUUUGAUAAGGUCAUGCGAGAUUACAAAAACGGCAUCUCCUCAACUGUGGUCAUGAAUCGAAAUUCUAACCCUCUACUGCAGCUGAAGUCGCAAGGCGAUAUUUGCAAGCGCAAAUCUUACUAUAUCGAGCCUGACGUCGCCGGAGCAACCCAUACUAGGGUGGAAAUUGACCCAAGAUUUUGGAAGGCUGACAGAUGGUAUUUCAGUUUUGUGGCGCCGAGCGGUGAACAAUUUAGUUAUGUGUUCAAGAGACACUAUUGGGACAAGGGUGGUGAAAUUUUCAGAGAGAGGAAAGGCGAAAAUGACCAAGAAGUGGCUAAGCUCGAAAAUCAAGUUCGCUGGGAGCCGUGGCUGACCCCUAGAUCGACAGGCACACAUACUUAUACUCUUUCUUGCACUGCUGAUUCUCCCGUGGUAGGAUUAGUUGCGCUGAUGGGAUUGAUUAUGACCCGAGUCCAUGAUUGCGGGCUUUAA